UACACCAUCAUCUCUUCAGAAUCUGCCUUAUGCCAGCCUUCUGAACUAGUUGGUAUCAUCCCCAUUUUACAGAUGAGAAAAUUGAGGAUCAGAAAGUUUAGUUGAUCCACCCGGGAAAGCAAUGGCAGAUGCAGGAUUCCCAAGCCCUUGGGCUUUUCCACUGGAAACUAACUAGCACAAGGUGUGAGAUGGUCUGGGCUGAGAGGCCAGGAGUCUGGUUCUUUCUAGCCGGUAGCCAGUGAAGCUGGGAUGCUCAUGCCUGCUCACCCCCUGGCAGCUGCCCACAGCCACACUCGCUGCUAUUCGUCAAGGGCACAAGGCCAGAUACCACCAUGAGUGUCUCUCCUGUAGCAUCCUUUGUCCUCCCUGGGCUCUCAACAGCCAGCUGGAGGUUCAUGGAGCCCUUGAGUCCUUUCCCAUCCCACCCCUUUGGGUGUGACAAGCUCCGCUCAGGUUCCCCACCAGAAGGCUGAGGGGCAGCCAUUUUGCUCUGCUGUGGGCUUCUUCCAGUGACCUUUACAUGUACUGUGUGGUAUGUAGAAGAUGACAGAGCAUGAGGUGAGAAGACGCUGCCGCUCAGAGCUGAGCUGUGGGGAAAGGCGGGGACAGGCCUGAGGCCAGGCCGAGCUUCUGACUGGACCAGGAGAAACCUCAGCAGAGAUAGGAAGUCAGGAGUCAAGCUACUGCUGACCAGAGGACAGAGGUUUCUAUGGAGACCACAGGAGCAGGAAGCAUGGGCCCUGCAGGGAGGGGUCUUUGGGAACAUAGAGGCAUGGGUGCUUUGCAAGACAACUUGUCAUAAAAUGUCAGUUCAGCCAGUCUCGUAGCCUCCUCAGACAGACAAGGAAACUGAGGCCCGUGUGGGGACGGCUUUGCACGUGGUCACAGAACACUGGCCUGGCUCGCCUCGCCUGUCUUGCUCCUCGCUUGCAGUGACCGCACCACCAGGCAGCUGAUGAGACUCCCGGACAGUUGAACUUGGGGCUGCCCGGAAGUGUGUGGGCUGGAGCAUGUCGUGAGGCAACCUCUGCCUCCUGGCCCCUCUUGUCAGUGUGGGUCUGGGGCAGCAGGCAGGGCCCAGACCUCCUCACUACUCGCAGAGUGCCUGGAACACCUCCCCCUACUGACUGCGGCCUUUUGUUUUCUGGGUGACACUAGCAUCAGGCGGUGUGUCCGGGUGACUAAUCUCCUCCAGGCUGGGCAGCUGUCACAGGGCAGCCUGACCAGACGGGCGGGGAAAGCUGACACCCUAGGGGAGUGCUGGCAAGCCAGUGCCCAGGCAGCAGUGGGCAGCUGGGACUUCAGGCUUCUCUUCCCGGGUGCAGAGCAGACCCGGGUCAGGCAGACCUGGGUUCAAGUCCUAGUUCUGCUCCUGACCAGCCUGGGGCCUUUGUCGCUCUUAUUAGGGCUCCCUUCCCUACCCCAUCUCACUUUAGUCCCAGCCUCGUGGCCCAAAAGGAAAGACGCUGCUCUCCACUACGGCUCUGGGAUACGGGCUUUGCCUUCAGGUAGACUUGGGUUCCAUCAUUGGCCCCCCAUUGACUGGCUGUAGACUUUGGGCAGGUUACCGCCUUGUGCCUCAGUUUCCCAUCAGGAACACGGCAUGAUGCCGUACCUGUCCUUUCAUGUUGCUGUGGUUUAUAAAAUGAUACGUGUGUUUGUAAAGGGCUUAGCAGAGUGCCUAGCGCAUGGUGGGCACUCAGUAAAUGUUAGCUGUGUUGAUGCUGAUUUUAGUAGGAAGCCAAGAGCUCUCUGUCCACUCCCGUUCUCCUGCCCGCAGAGCUUAACUCCUGCCCUUCUCCCUGUCACCUGCAGAGGCUGGGGGCUGGAGAAGGCAGAGACCAAGAGCCAGGCAGUCUCAAACAUUGCUUCACCAGGCACGCUGCCUCAGCUGCUCACUGAUCACAGGAGCUCGGACAUCUUGGCCCCAUCUGCCUCUCCCCUAAUAUCUGCCCCCAUCCAGGGCUUCAGGCUGGCGUUGCUCGCUGGACUCACAGGAUGGUAGCAAAUUAAAGAGUGGGUGUGUGGGUGGUGGGAGGAAUGGGCAGUAGACAUGCAGCCCGGUCCUCCACCUAUCAUCUACCAUCAUUUGUCCAAGGCUCUCACCCACCAUGUGUGACUUCUGCUGGGCCCUCAGCAGGCAGAUGUCCCAUGGCUGUGACUCAGACCUCUCUGUGGCUACCAGGGCCCAGGAGGUCACCUGAUGGCGGGGCACAGGCAUCCCUGGGCAUUCUGGAGGCAUCCCCCAUGCCCCAGCUUACCAGGCUUCCUGCCCUCUCCCCAUUGUCAGGAAGAGCUGAGGAUGUGGAAAUGCCAGUAGCCGGUGAAGAAGGGGCAGCCAGGAGUAGGUGAGCUGGUGAGGGAAGCUGGGCACAUGUUCAGAACAGGUCAAGGAAGGAUGGUUUGAGUGAGGAUGGGCCCCAUGGGUUCUGCCUCCUGCAGGAGGGAGCUCUGGGGCUGAGAGUUGGAGCUUCUAGUAUUGGCUCCUAGGUCAAGGUGCAGUUCACAGCCUCCCUUGAGAGCAGGGCUAGAAGGGUUUUCAGACAGCACCUGUCACCCGGUACUUUCCCACAUUGGGAGGUCCAUACUAGGCCUUUCCAGAAGGGUAACACGGAGCAGUCUAGUACCAAUGAAGUUCUUUUAGCCCCCCAGAGACAGAGAUGCACACCCAGAACCCACCCAGAAGGCUUUUCUCUUGGCUCGGGCCUCUCUUUGCUCCCCAUACAAAGUCCUCCUGGGUGAGGAUUGGAGUGGCUUUCCCCCUGUGCAGCCCCCUUCCAGUUCUGAGGGCCUUGUUCCCCAGGGCCCUUAUGAUCCCUAAAUCAGAUCCUCUCCAUUUGUAAUGCCACUCUGAGCCUGACCCCAUGACUUGGGGCUGAGAAUCUGGGGGCCUUAUCUGGACUGGGUUUCUUUCCUUUCCUUUCCUUUUUUUUUUUUUUUUUUUUUUGUUAAUGUUUGUUUAUUUAGAGAGAGUGCAAGGGUGAGCGCGAAUGGGGGAGGGGCGGAGAGAAAGGGAAAGAGAGAAAAUCCCAAGUAGGCUCCUCACGGGCAGUACUGCGAUGUGGGGCUCGAUCCCGUGAACUAUGAGAUCACGACCUGAGCUGAAAUCAAGAGUUGGAUGCCCAACCAACUGAGCCACCCAGAUACCCCAUGGGUUUCUUUUCAGAGCGCCUCAUUUUAUUACCAUAGCUUAGUUUGUGCUGUGUCCUAGGAGGGGACACCGAAAGCUAAAACCUGCCCUGAGUUGGUAGCCAAACAAAGGCCCAGUGAGAGGAAAAGACGAGGCUUAUCCUUUGUUCCUCAGUCCAUAGAGGCUGACUGCAAACUGGAACCCAGGACUGCAGACUUCCAGCUCCCAUUUUUUCUUUUCCAUCAGCCUCAGGCGAGGGAGGCAGAGGCCAGGGCUUUGUGGAUUAUGGUGCCUGGACAGGGGAGCCACAUGGGUAGCUGGAAGCCCCUUGUACCCACUACUGCGGGAGCAGCAUAGGGUAUAAUUGGGGAGAGCGCCAGUGCUUCCAACAGUGGUAAACGUGGGCUCCCUUGAGGAUUCUGUGCUACCUUCAAACACCCUGUUUAUGGGGGUCAGAGGCCACGGAUCCUCCCGCUUCCUCCCUGUGUCCCUUCUCUGCUCAGAGGGCUGAGGCUGUGACUGGGCUCCCAGGCACAGGAUGGGCCGUGGCCUGACCGAGCUCCUGAUGCUCCCGAUCUCUGCCCAACAGCCAUCCACCUGCCCCUGCCAUGGAGACCUUCUUUAGGAGACACUUCCAGAGGAAGGCGCCAGGCACUGGGGAGGGGCAGCGGCGGCCCAGCGGCGUGAGGCUGCCCACAGGCAAGGUCCGACGCCGCUCCCCUGCCGGGCAGGCCUCCUCCUCGCUGCUCCAGCGGCGCCGCUCCAGCGCGCAGCUCCACGGCUGCCUCCUGGGCUGUGGGGUGGGGACCCGGGGCACCAGCCGCCGGCGCUCCAGCACCGUGCCCCCUGCCUGCAACCCCCGCUUCCUCGUGGAUGAGGUGCCCACCCCACAGCCUGCUGCUGUUGGGGCACAGCUUCUGGGCACGCCCCUGCUGUUGGCUGGGCUUAUGGGCACGAAUGAGGAGGAGGAGGCAGCUCGGGAGGAAGACGUGACAGCUGCACCGUUGAGUGCCACCCAGCCAGGCACCAGGAGACCAGGCCCAUCCUCACACCGGGGCACCCUGCUGCCUGUGCCUCGCUACCUGCGCCGUCGCCGUGCCUCCUCCCACCUGCUCCCCGCCGACGCGGAGUACGACCGUGCCCUCUGGGGCCUGCACGGUUACUACCGGCGCCUCAGCCAGCAGUGGCCCCCAGGCCAACACCCUGGCUCUGGGGGUCGAAGAGCCUCAGGCACCACAGCUGGCCCUGUGAUGCCUGCUCGUGUGCGCCCGCUGUCCCGCAGGCGUCAGGUAGCCCUACGGCGCAAGUCAGCGGGACCCCAGACCUGGAGUGCCCUGCUUGCGAAAGCCAUCACCAAGUCGGGCCUCCAGCACCUGGCACCCCCUCCUCCCGCUCCCGGGGCCCUGUGCAGCGAGCCAGAGCGGCAGAUCCGGAGCACUGUGGACUGGAGCGAGUCCGCGACCUAUGGGGAGCACAUCUGGUUCGAGACCAACGUGUCAGGGGACUUCUGCUAUGUUGGGGAGCAGUACUGUGUAGCGAAGAUGCUGCAGAAAUCAGUGUCCCGGAGAAAGUGUGCAGCCUGCAAGAUCGUGGUGCACACCCCCUGCAUUGAGCAACUGGAGAAGAUAAAUUUCCGCUGUAAGCCGUCCUUCCGUGAAUCAGGCUCCAGGAACAUCCGUGAGCCAACAUUUGUGCGCCACCACUGGGUACACAGGCGACGCCAGGAUGGCAAGUGUCGGCACUGUGGGAAGGGCUUCCAGCAGAAGUUCACCUUCCACAGCAAGGAGAUCGUGGCCAUCAGUUGCUCCUGGUGCAAGCAAGCAUACCACAGCAAGGUGUCCUGCUUCAUGCUGCAGCAGAUCGAGGAGCCGUGCUCCCUGGGGGUCCACGCUGCUGUGGUCAUCCCACCCACCUGGAUCCUUCGUGCUCGAAGGCCCCAGAAUACCCUCAAGGCAAGCAAGAAGAAAAAGAGAGCAUCCUUUAAGAGGAAAUCUAGCAAGAAAGGGCCAGAGGAGGGCCGCUGGAAACCCUUCAUCAUCAGGCCCACCCCGUCCCCCCUCAUGAAGCCCCUGCUGGUGUUUGUGAACCCCAAGAGUGGGGGCAACCAGGGCGCUAAGAUCAUCCAGUCCUUCCUGUGGUAUCUCAAUCCCCGACAAGUCUUUGACCUGAGCCAGGGAGGGCCCAAGGAGGCGCUGGAGAUGUACCGCAAAGUACACAACCUGCGGAUCCUGGCGUGCGGAGGCGACGGCACGGUCGGCUGGAUCCUCUCCACCCUGGACCAGCUGCGCUUAAAGCCACCGCCGCCCGUUGCCAUUCUGCCCCUGGGCACUGGCAAUGACUUGGCCCGUACCCUCAACUGGGGAGGGGGCUACACGGAUGAGCCUGUGUCCAAGAUCCUCUCCCACGUGGAGGAGGGGAAUGUAGUGCAGCUAGACCGCUGGGACCUCCGUGCUGAGCCCAACCCCGACGCGGGGCCCGAGGAGCGUGACGAGGGCGCCACUGACCGGCUGCCCCUGGAUGUCUUCAACAACUACUUCAGCCUGGGCUUCGAUGCCCACGUCACCCUGGAGUUUCACGAGUCUCGAGAGGCCAACCCAGAGAAAUUCAACAGCCGCUUUCGAAAUAAGAUGUUCUACGCCGGGACAGCCUUCUCCGACUUCCUGAUGGGCAGCUCUAAGGACUUGGCCAAGCACAUCCGAGUGGUGUGUGAUGGAACCGACCUGACCCCCAAGAUCCAGGACCUGAAGCCCCAGUGCAUUGUUUUCCUGAAUAUUCCCAGGUACUGCGCAGGCACCAUGCCCUGGGGCCACCCUGGGGAGCACCACGACUUUGAGCCCCAGCGGCAUGAUGAUGGCUACCUCGAAGUCAUUGGCUUUACCAUGACGUCCCUGGCAGCGCUGCAGGUGGGCGGGCACGGUGAGCGGCUGACACAGUGCCGCGAGGUGGUACUCACCACGUCUAAGGCCAUCCCGGUGCAGGUGGAUGGCGAGCCCUGCAAACUCGCAGCCUCUCGUAUUCGCAUCGCCCUGCGCAACCAGGCCACCAUGGUGCAGAAGGCCAAGCGGCGGAGUGCCGGCCCCCUGCAUAGCGACCAGCAGCCCGUGCCUGAGCAGCUGCGGAUCCAGGUGAGCAGAGUCAGCAUGCAUGACUACGAGGCCCUGCAUUACGAUAAGGAGCAGCUCAAGGAGGCCUCCGUGCCACUGGGCACCGUGGUGGUCCCAGGAGACAGCGACCUAGAGCUCUGCCGGGCGCACAUUGAGAGGCUCCAACAGCAGGAGCACGAAGGUGCUGGAGCCAAGUCCCCCACCUGCCAGAAACUGUCCCCCAAGUGGUGCUUCCUGGACGCCACCACUGCCAGCCGCUUCUACAGGAUCGACCGGGCCCAGGAACACCUCAACUAUGUGACUGAGAUCGCACAGGAUGAGAUUUAUAUUCUGGACCCUGAGCUGCUGGGGGCAUCGGCCCGGCCUGACCUCCCAACCCCCACUUCCUCUCUUCCCACCUCCCCCUGUUCACCCACACUCCGGUCACUGCCAGGGGAUGUGGCACCCCCCAAAGGUGAAGAGCUGAUUGAGGCCGCCAAGAGGAACAACUUCUGUAAGCUCCAGGAGCUGCACCGAGCUGGGGGCGACCUCAUGCACCGGGACGAGCAGAGCCGCACGCUCCUGCACCAUGCGGUCAGCACGGGCAGCAAGGAAGUGGUCCGCUACCUGCUGGACCACGCGCCCCCAGAGAUCCUUGAUGCUGUGGAGGAGAAUGGGGAGACCUGUCUGCACCAGGCAGCGGCCUUGGGCCAGCGUACCAUCUGCCACUACAUCGUGGAGGCUGGGGCCUCUCUCAUGAAGACAGACCAGCAGGGCGACACCCCCCGGCAGCGGGCUGAGAAGGCUCAGGACACCGAGCUCGCCGCCUACCUAGAGAACCGGCAGCACUACCAGAUGAUCCAGCGGGAGGACCAAGAGACGGCUGUGUAGCUGUGAGGCUGACACCAGGGCAGCGAGGAGGGACAGGGCCAGCCUGAGGACGAGCCCCCUCAUCGCCCACCUCACUGCCACAUUCUAGUCGGACUACCACGGGGGGACCCAUGCCCCAGGGAAGGAGCCCCGUGCUGCCCCCUGAGGAGCCACCCGCCCCGGACGAGGGUUGGACUCUGAGGAGCUGGGGGAUCUCCCCUGUCCCCCUGAGGCCCCAGCCCGACCCAGGGCCUACGGGGGAACAGGAAACUGGACUGGGCUGGGCAGGCCUUUGGGGGACUGGGGCUGGACCACUUCAGGGCAGCCCUUGCCCUCACCGCAGCAGGUGCCCUCGUGGGGUUUAGGAGUAGAGGGGGAGGGCAGAGGGGCUUGAGGCCCUAUCAGGGAGCCUUCAGGAAGAGGCUUCCUAAGCCACCUGCUCCUUUAGGGCCCCCACCCUGAGCCUCCUGGCAGCUUGGGCCCUCUCUCCUGCCCCGACUCCACCCUUCCCAGGGUUUCCUUCCAGAAACAGAGCCUGCUGCAUUUGCCUGCCCGCUGCCCUGCUUGGCACCUACCCCUGGUGACCCUCCCUGUGUACUCAGUCAUUUCAUCGCCGCCCGACUGUGUGGCCUGGGGGUUGGAGUGGGGCUCUCGUGGUGACAUGUUUACAGCUGGGUGUGACUCAGUAAAGUGGAUUUUUUUCCUUUC